AUGACGACAGCGGCCACCACGCUCAAGGGCCAGCCCCUCGACAAGCAGGUUCUGGACUCAAUGCUGCGCCGGCGCCUGUUCUACACGCCGUCGUUUGAGAUCUACGGCGGUGUCUCCGGUCUCUACGACUACGGCCCGCCAGGCUGUGCGCUGCAGGCGAAUAUUGUCGACCUGUGGCGCAAGCAUUUCAUUCUCGAGGAGGACAUGCUGGAGGUCGACUGCACGGUGCUGACACCCCACGAGGUGCUUAAAACCAGUGGUCACGUCGACAAGUUUGCCGACUGGAUGUGCAAGGAUUCCAAGAGCGGCGAGAUUUUCCGCGCCGACCACUUUGUCGAGGAGAUCCUCGAGCAGCGCCUCAACGGCAACAAGGAGGCCCGCGGCCACAAAGUCGACGAGGCUGCCAAGGACGACCCCAAGAAGAAGAAAAAGCUCAAGGGCAAGGGCCAGGAGGCCGUGCUCCUUGAGGACGCCGUCGUCCAGGAGUACGAAGAGACGUUGGCCCAGAUCGACAACUACAACGGUGAGCAGCUUGGCGAGCUGAUCAAAAAGUUCGAUCUGCGCAACCCGGCCACGGGCAUCCAGCCCGAGCCACCUGUCGCCUUUAACCUCAUGUUCGGCACGCAGAUUGGCCCCAGCGGCGGUCUGCAGGGCUACAUGCGCCCUGAGACGGCGCAGGGGCAGUUCCUCAACUUCUCGAAACUGCUCGAGUUCAACAUGCAGUCCAUGCCAUUUGCGUCGGCUUCCAUUGGCAAGUCAUACCGUAACGAGAUCUCACCCCGCGCAGGUCUUUUGCGAGUGCGCGAAUUCCUGAUGGCCGAAAUUGAGCACUUUGUCGACCCCGAGGGCGGCAAGAAACACCACCGCUUCCACGAGGUGGAGAACAUUGAGCUCGUGCUCCUCGACCGCGAUACGCAGCUGUCUGGCAAGACCACACCCCGCACACUGACGAUUGGCGCUGCCGUACGCGAUCGUGUGGUUGACAACGAAACGCUCGGCUACUUCCUGGCCCGCAUCCACUUGUUCCUCGAGAAGAUUGGCGUCGACCAGACUAAGAUCCGCUUCCGCCAGCACAUGGCCAACGAGAUGGCCCACUAUGCCACGGACUGCUGGGAUGCCGAGCUCUUCACAUCGGCCGGUUGGGUCGAGUGCGUCGGCUGUGCCGACCGUAGCGCCUACGAUCUGACGGUGCAUGCUAAGAAGACAGGCGCGCCGCUGAUUGUGCGCCAGCGCCUCGAGACGCCCAAGGUGAUUGAGGAGUGGACGGUGGACAUUGACAAGAAGAAGUUCGGUCCCCGUUUCAAGAAGGAUGCCAAGGUCGUCGAGACCGCGCUGCUGGCCCUCUCGCAGGACAAACUCGAGGCCCUGUCCAAAGACCUCAAGGCCAAUGGCACCGUUACGAUUGACGUGGCCGGCGUGGCUGACGGCAAGGCCGAGGUGUCGAGCGACCUGGUUGCGAUUGAGUUCACGAAGCGGACGGAGAACGUGCGCGAGUUCACACCCAACGUCAUUGAGCCGUCGUUUGGUAUUGGUCGCAUCCUGUAUUCGCUGCUGGAGCACAACUACUGGUCGCGUGGCGCCGAUGGCGGCGACGAGGCUCGCGCCGUCGCGCCGACCAAGGUCUUGAUCGUGCCCAUUUCUUCCAAGGACGAGUUCAAGCCGAUUGUGCGUGGCCUGUCACAGAAGCUGCGCGCCCUGGGCGUGGCCAGCCGUGUCGAUGACUCCACCGCCAGCAUUGGUAAGCGGUACAGCCGUAACGACGAGCUGGGUACACCCUUCGGUGUCACCAUUGACUUCCAGACGGUCAGCGAUGGCUCCGUAACGCUACGUGAGCGUGACUCGACAGUGCAGGUGCGUGCUUCGGAGGACAAGAUUCUGGAGGCAAUCCAGGCCCUUACCAAGGGCUCCAAGACGUGGAAGGAUAUUCAGGCCGAGCUACCGGCUUUUGAGUCGCAGGAGACAGAAAUCCCCGUCCGUUAA